AUGGAGAGCACUGCGGCACUAUCAAGAAGCCAUCAGCUCUACCGUGAACACCAACACCAGAUUGCCCGCGACGAACUACCGAUCGCUGAUGUGUGCAACAAAUUCAAGCGCCGUUCAACGACGAACGAGAAAGUGACGGAGAGAAGAGAGAAGGAAGAAGAAAUACAAUGCAUCUUGUGGAGUAAAAUCGAACGCUUCUCAAUCUCAGUAAUGGCUUCAGCUGCAAAGAAGGUUUUGGUGCCGGUUGCGAAUGGAACGGAGCCGCUGGAGGCUGUGAUAACUAUUGAUGUGUUGAGGAGAGCUGGCGCCGAUGUGACUGUGGCUUCGGUGGAGAAACAGCUAUGUGUUGAUGCUUGUCACGGAGUGAAAAUCGUCGGCGAUGCCCUUAUUUCUGAUUGCGCUGAUACUGCAUAUGAUCUUAUUUCUCUUCCGCGAUCGGGAGUUCACCGCGGGCAAUCUGGUGUUGGUGUUCGCGCUAGAGCUGAUGGCUUGUUGAUAGUGUCGCAGUGCUCUCCGUUGAUUAGAUCGGGCGAGGUGGUGGUGAUGUGUGAUUGUGGUGGUUGUUCUAACAAUGGUGGUUUUGGUGAUGCGUGGUUGUGGUUGGAUCGGUGA